UUUCCCCUGAACUCCAACCCUCGCUCUCUCUAUCAGCUUCUCAUUCCGUCUCAAUAUGUCUCAAGAUGGCGGCCAAUGCGGGAUCAAUGUUUCAAUAUUGGAAGCGUUUUGAUUUACAACAACUGCAGAGAGAACUAGACGCCACCGCCACACAGCUCGCCAACAGACAGGAUGAGAGCGAACAGUCCAGGAAGAAACUCAUCGACCAGAGCCGCGACUUCAAGAAGAACACGCCGGAGGAUGUAAGAAAACAGGUGGCUCCCCUGCUCAAGAGUUUCCAGGGAGAGAUCGAUGCCUUGAGCAAAAGAAGUAAAGAAGCAGAAGGUUCCUUCUUGAACGUCUACAAGAGAUUGAUAGAUGUUCCAGACCCCGUCCCUGUACUGGAGUUGGGUCAGCAGUUACAGCUGAAGCUCCAGCGGAUGCACGACAUCGAGACAGAGAACCUCAAACUCAGAGAGACUCUAGAGGACUACAACAAAGAGUUUGCCGAGGUCAAGAACCAGGAGGUGACUAUUAAAGCCCUGAAGGAGAAGAUCCGGGACUAUGAGCAGUCCCUGAAGAACCAGGCUGAGAACCUGGUCCAGGAGAAACAGGUCCAGCUCCACAAUGACUAUGCAGAGAAGGAGAGAACGCUCCAGGAGAGCCAGAACUCCAUGUCCUCUAAGCUGGUUGAGGCUGACCACAAGGCCCAGGCCUUACAGACAGCUCUUGAAACAACUCAGGCAGAGCUCUUUGAUCUGAAGACUAAGUAUGACGAGGACUGCACAGCCAAGGCCGAUGAGAUUGAAAUGGUGAUGACAGAUCUGGAGAGAGCCAAUCAGAGAGCCGAGGCAGCACAGAGGGAGGCGGAAGCUCUGAGGGAGCAGCUGACCUCUUCUAACCAAUCCCUGCAGCUGACCACCCACAUUCAGCCCACCCCAGACACGGACCAGGCGGUGGAGGCCCUGUCCCGCUCCAGUCUGGAGGCAGAGCUGGGGGCCAAGGACAGGGAGAUGGUUCAGCUGGUGGAAGAUGUUCAGAGACUGCAGGCCAGCCUGUCUAAACUCAGAGAGAGUUCCAGCACACAGAUCACACAGCUGCAACUACAGCUCAGCACCAAGACGGCCAGCCUCAAGCAACUGGAGGAAAAGCUGCAGGAACAUGCUGACUAUGAAGAGGUGAAGAAAGAGCUGAGCAUCCUCAAGUCUAUGGAGUUUGGCCCAACUGACAGCUCAGUGCAGGACAUGUCUAAACCCCUAGAAGUGUUGUUGUUGGAGAAGAACCGUAGUCUGCAGUCUGAGAGUUCCUCUCUGCGCAUCGCCAACACAGAGCUGAGCGGACGCUACGCAGACCUGCAGCUGGAGUUCUCGUCUGCGGUCCGGACCAGCGCCGAGCAGAAGGAGCUCAUCCUCAAACUGGAACACGACCUGAGCAGCAUCCAGACCAUGUCCUCCCUGUCACGCCCUGAUGCUGAGGGGUCUGACCUGACCAGCAUGAUUGACAGCAUCCCUGAGCCAAUCAGAGAGGCCACUGCCAUGUUUACAGGUAUGGCCCCCCAGGGGGAGCUGCCUCAAGGCCAGAUGGACUCUCUCCUCUCCAUAAUCUCCAGCCAGAGAGAGAGGUUCCGCUCACGUAACCAGGAGCUGGAGGCUGAGAGUCGUUCUGUGCAGGUGACCAUGCAGGCCCUGCAGAGUGAGCUGGACAGCCUGCGUGCCGACAACAUCAAACUCUACGAGAAGAUCAAGUUCCUCCAGAGCUACCCUGGCAGGGCUGGAGGCAGUGAUGACACGGUUACGGUGCGUUACUCCUCCCAGUAUGAGGAGAGACUGGACCCCUUCGCCUCCUUCAGCAAGAGGGAACGCCAGCGCAGAUACCUGAGCCUCAGCCCCUGGGACAAGGUUACACUCAGCCUGGGUCGUGGUAUUCUCUCCAACAAGAUGGCCAGAACCAUUGCUUUCUUUUACACCCUCUUCCUGCAUUGCCUGGUCUUCCUGGUGCUGUAUAAGACUGCCUGGAGUGAGAGCAUCGGUCGAGACUGCUCUGCCUUCUGUGCUAAGAAGUACUCGGAUCACCUGCAUCGUUUCCAUGAGAACGAGGACAACCUGUGAUGUCAACAGGGAUGUCAACAAGUCGUGGCGAGACUUAAGGGCAGACUGGAAUAGCAGCUUUAUUUUCUUCAGUAGAUGCUUUUACCCACUGUGGGGUGUGCUUUCUCUCUGCUUUUGGGGGAGGGGGGGAGUAGAGACUAAAGGGAGGUGGCUGACAUGCAAACUCAUAUUUCAUUUUCCAAUUAGGUUAAGUUUUGGUUAGGGUUAAUGUAAAGGUCAGUUUUAGAUGUUGGCUAGUCGGGCUGUCAGAAAAAUCCCCUUAGGCUCUCUCUCCCCAGCUCUCUCCCCAGCUCUCUCCCCAGCUCUCUCCUCAGCUCUCUCCCCAGCUCUCUCCCCAGCUCUCUCCCCAGCUCUCCCCAGCUCUCCUC